AUGGCAGGCGACGACGGUAGCCCACGGCUCACGGUAUUCCGCGGUUCACCACCCAAAAACGCGUACGUUUGGUCGCCAUUUGUUAUCAAGCUCGAGGCGAGGCUACGAUUCAGCGGCGUUUCCUACAGCCUCGGAGGAGGCUCGCCUCCAUCCGCACCCAAGGGCAAGAUUCCAUACGUCGAGUCUACCGACUCCGAUGGUGUAGCAAGCAAACUUGGCGAUUCCACCCUCAUUAUUCGGAAUCUCGUCGACGUUGGCACGCUGCCGGACGUGAAUACCACGCUAUCGCCAGCACAGCGAGCGCACGACCUCGCGAUUCGCGCGCUGUUGGAAGAUAAGGUGUACUUUUACGGCACGCGCGAGAAAUGGUGGGAUAACUACGACGAGAUGCGAAAUAAUGUGCUCGCGGCCGUGCCGUGGCCUCUACAGAUUGUGGUCGGGUGGAUGGCGUAUCGCGCCAUUUCCAAGGGCCUAUAUCAGCAGGGCACAGGCCGUCUGACCGACGAGGAAGUGCAGCUGUUCAAGGAAGAAGUCUGGGAUAGCUUGAAUGCGCUCUUGACCGAGUCAAUCAAGACCAGUAGCCGUCAAAAGAGCAAGACCAACGAUGAUGAUGCGCCGUUUUGGGUGUUGGGGGGACCAGAGUAUACCGAGGCAGAUGCAGCCGUUUACGGCUUCAUUGUAGGUGCUCUGGUUUGCACCGCUGCCCCUGAGACGGCCAAAAUUGUGCGAAGCUAUCCGACUAUAAUUGACUACGCGGAGAGAAUCCACACUCGAUAUUUCCCCGAUUAUGAGAGAUGGAUGUAG